AUGUUGAAAGAUGCUGAGGUAGAGUUAUACCCUGGGUUCCUUCCUAAAGGUGAAACAGUGCCAGACUCCCUCCACGAGGCGGAUAAAAUCAUUAAGGGAAUAAGUCUUGGUUAUGAGAAAAUUCACGCGUGCCCAAAUGAUUGUAUGCUUUUUCGUAAAGACAAGGCUAAAAAUGAUAAUUGUAGUGUAUGUGGAGCAUCUCGAUGGAAACCUUCAAAUGAAGAGUGCAAGGGGGGUUCUUCUAGUACUAAGGCAAAGAAAGAAAGAAAGAUUCCAAUUAAGGUUUUAAGGUAUUUUCCCUUGAAACCAAGGCUCCAAAGGUUGUACAUGUCAUCCAAAACCGCCGAAGAUAUGAUAUGGCACGACAAGGAUCGCAAAAAAGAGAACGGUGUUUUGAGACACCCAGCUGAUACUGAGGCAUGGCAGAGUUUUGAUAGGAAAUAUCCAGAGUACGCGUUAGAACCUCGAAAUGUAAGAUUGGGAUUAGCUAGUGAUGGUUUCAAUCCUUUUGGCGAAAAGCGAAGCACAUAUAGUACAUGGCCAGUCAUUUUGGCGGCAUAUAACUUGCCACCAUGGUUGUGCAUGAAGAAAGAGUAUAUUAUGCUUUUAAUGAUAAUUCCUGGCCCUAAAGCCCCGGGAAAUGACAUUGACACUUACUUACAACCUCUUAUAGAUGAUCUGAAAGAACUAUGGGAGGUAGGUGUGCCAACAUAUGAUGCCUAUAAAAAGGAAACCUUUCAGCUUCACGCUUCUCUUCUUUGGACUAUAAAUGAUUUUCCUGCUUAUGGAAAUUUGUCUGGUUGGUGUGUUUAUGGUAAAAAUGCAUGUCCUUAUUGUAAUAAGGACACAUGGUCUAAGCGAUACAACAAUAGUGGGAAGGUUUUUUACUUGGGUGGUCGAAUGUUUCUUGAUAUAGAUCAUAAGUAUCGAUAUGAUGAAAAAUCCUUUGACAAUACUAAGGAGUUUAGACCUGCUCCUAUUCCACCAUCAGGAUCUGAAGUGUUACAACAAUUAAAGAACAUCGUGUUUGCACUUGGGAAAACAACUAAAGAUGAAAUAAGUGGUGUGGUGAAAAACACGUGGAAAAAGGAAAGCAGAUUGUUUGACCUUCCUUACUGGAAGGAUAAUUUAUUGCGACAUAACCUUGAUGUGAUGCAUAUAGAGAAAAAUGUAUGUGAUAACAUAAUCAACACACUUUUAAAUGUGCCUAAGAAGUCAAAGGAUAACUUGAAGGCUCGUCGCACUUUGGAAGAAAUCUGGGCAAAAGACCGAUUUUGUGAAGUACUGGAGAAUGUUAAAUUUCCAGAUGGGCAUGCGUCAAAUAUUUCACGAUGUGUGAUGAAGCGAAAGUUACACGGGCUUAAAAGCCAUGAUUGUCACGUAUUGAUGCAAUUAUUACUUCCUAUGGCUAUGCGAGAGAGCGUCAAUGAAAAGGUUGCCUCCGUUUUGAUUGAGUUAUGUGACUUUUUUCGAGCUUUAUGCGCUAAAACCCUUGUUGUGAGUGAGUUGGAGAAACUUCAAAAAAGAAUUGUGGUUACACUUUGUAACAUGGAGAAAAAUAUUCCACCAACCUUUUUCACUAUUAUGGUGCAUUUGGUGGUUCAUUUGGCCGAUGAAGCUAAAAUCGGCGGUCCUGUCAAUAAUCGAUGGAUGUAUCCUAUUGAGAGGAGAUAUCAAACAAUUUUGUCUAUUAGGUACUUGUCAACUCUUAAUGAUUAUGUGCGAAAUAAAGCAUGUCUGGAGGGUUCAAUAGCCAAUGGAUAUCUUCUUCAAGAGUGCUUGGCGUAUUGUGCUAGAUAUAUGGAUGAUGUUGAAGGACGAAUCAACCGUUCAAGUAGGAAUAGUACGCUUGGUGGUGACAAUGACCAUGUUUCUGGUCUUUUUCCCACAAUUGGACAACCUUAUGGACGUAAGGAAGGAUUUAUGAUGGAUGAGAAACAAAAGACUCAAGCACAUCGAUAUGUGCUUUUCAAUUCUGAUUGCAAGGAAAUAGAAUCAUUACGAGAGGAACAUGUUACCCACAUUAAGAGAAUUACAAGACGAACUCGUCCGACGCCGAUUGUGUUAGAUCGUAUGCAUAAUGAAGAGUUUAGUGAUUGGUUGAAAAUUUUUGUGAAUGAUCCUAAUAACCAAAAUGAUGAAAGAAUCACAGAUGAUGUGAAAUCACUUGCAUUUGGUCCAAUGCCUAUUGCAAGAAGAUUUCACGCUUUCAAUAUGAAUAAUGGUUAUAAAUUCCGUACUAAAGAAUAUGAGAGGAACAAGAAGACUCAAAAUAGUGGUGUGAUGGUUGUGGCAAAGACACAAAGUUACGCUAGUCCAAGAGAUACGCGGCCUAUAAUAGGUGACGUGACAUACUAUGGGGUGUUAACUGAUAUUAUUGAGUUGAAUUAUUAUAAUAGGUUUAAGAUCGUCUUGUUUAGGUGUAAUUGGGUGGAUGUGAACCAUGCGAGUGGAAUGAAGAAAGAUAAGUUAAAUUUUACCCUCGUUAAUUUAUCAAGCUCGAUAGAUUCCGGUGAGCGUUUAAGCGAUGAGCCUUUUGUGUUUGCAUCUCAGGCUCAACAGGUUAUUUAUGUACAAGAUCGAACGCAAAGUGAUUGGUUUAUUCCUGAACCAAUAAGGCCAAGAGAUACUUUUGACAGGGGUGAUGAUAGUGUUGAACAAGAUUUACCGGUGGAGAACGAAUUUCAAGGAACAAGUUCAGGGCAACAAAAUAUUGAGAUUGAUAUUGCUGACAUGACCUGGAUGUCAAGUGAUGUUGCAAUGACAAAAAGAAGGCGUUUAACAAAGAUUCGAGUGUCUGCUAAUACUUCCACCUCCGCUGCUUCCACUUCCACUGAGGAUGUUAACAAUGGGCGGGAAGAGAAGCUACUGAAAACAUGGAGAUGA